GUGCAACAUCUUAUAUCCCUUUAUACAUCUGUCUUAACAUUGUCUUACCCUGGCUAGUAUGGCCAUACAGCUCCACACAGGGCCUGCUUAUCUCCCCAAAUUCUAGUUGCGCUGAUCACGAACGCGGCUUAACCAUGGAAACAUGACACGGAAGUAUCACGGUUCGUCCAUAUUGGCGAAGCCAUGUUGCCGCCUUCGCUUAGUCGUGCGAUUUCUGACUCCACCAGUCCUUUUGGGGCCUUCCCACCUCCGGAAUGCUUAAGGAACCUUGAGGUUUACCUUGCGGAUCCUCGAAGCACGGAUGCGGUGUACGAAGGCCUGGUCAACCGCGCUUGCUCGGAGCCUAUUAGCGUGCCGCUCGUGGACAAGGUGGUGCAGCUGCUGAAGGCCUACCUCUUCAAGUACGCGCCCUCCCAGGAUGCCGCCCAGCUGCUGGAGGAGUUCAGCUACCGGGCGCAGGAGCUGCCGGGGAUGUCGGCGUCAGGUCGCAGGGCGGUGCAGUUUGUGCUGAACAUCCUGCGGCACCUUCCGCGUGACAAGGCUGGCGGGCUUGGCAGCUCCCGAGCCAGCCUGGGUAGCCUCCGGGGCUCCUGCGGCCGGUCCAGGGAGGAUUUGACGCGGCUGGCGCCAGGCGGGGGGCGCAUCGCCCCGGUUAAGGUGAAUGUGAGCACUUCCACACUGGGUCGCGCAAACGACCGAUACGCCGCAUCAGACGCGCUGCCCAGUCCCACUGACCCGGAGGCGGGCGGCGGAAGGGCGCUGGCGUUGCCGGCGUGGCUGCGGGAGUCGGGCGGAAGGGGCUGGGAGGACCUCCGGGUGCCUUCAGCGCAGCAGGCGGCCCAGGGUGUGGAGCCGCCCUGGGCGGUACCCAGCCGGCCGCACCAGCUGCCCCCACCGCCCCCGGGUGCCACCGCCUGCCGCGCCAAGUCCUGGAUGCAGCACCUGCCUGACCUGGCGCCCCGAGUCGCCAUCGGACCUGUCUCCAUCGGCAGUGUGGCCUACGCCUCCCCCUACAUCAGCCUGGCCACCAUCCAUCGCUGCGUGCUGGACAUUGACGAGCAGGACAUGGGGCGGCACCUGGCGGAGGUGCUGGGGGAGGCGAGGCUGGAGGCCCAGCAGCUGCAGCCCCCCGCUCCCCCGCAACGCCAACACCCAGCUCGAGGUGGCGGCGGUCGUAACGCACACCACCAUGGAGGAGCCGGCGGCGGCGGUGCAGGAGGCGGCAGGGAGGGCUUGGCGGCUCGGCGCUCGCGACCCGCACGGCUGCUGUUCCACCACCCGCCGUACAACCGCUCUGAACGGCUGGCGCCCAUGGAUCCUGACGUGGUGGAGGCGGUGGUGGAGGCGGUGUGCGGGGUGCGAGCGGCGAGCGCACUGUCAGCGGUGCAGG